AUGGUGUUACUGUACCGUGUGUUGAUUUUACUGGCUUUACUUAUGAGCUUUGCCACUGUGUUUACUAUGGCAGAAGAUGUGGAAUCUCGUGUGGAGGAUCGGGAACCUACUUUACUCAAUAGUGAAGAGUCUCGUUGUGUUGGUGAUGAUGCUCUUGGUUCUUCUGGUACUGCAUGUUCUUCUGUUCCUCUUCCACUUGCUCAACCACAAGCAGAACCUCGUGGUCAAGGAAAAUCUGUUGGAGGUGUUCCUGAUCCUCAAGGUAGUCUCAGUGAAGCAGGUAAACAUCUUGGUGGUAUAGGUCCUAGUGUUGGUGUUACUCCGGCUUUGGCCGGUCCUUCUGGUUCUCAUGAUCCUUCUACAGUUUCUCUUUCUGAAUCUCAAAGUGGUAGUGGAAGAAGCGGUCAAGGUGGUCACGUCCACCCAUCCUCUGUAGAUCAGGAUGCACCUAGCAGAGAUAGUCAAACACUGAAAGAUUCUUCUCGGGAUCUUCAACAUCAAGAGACAGAAGCAGUGCAAAACAAAGAGAUACCUAACCUGGAUCCAGAGAGAAAAGAAGGGCCUCAUAAGCCCGCAGAAAAUGAACCUGGUCGUGGAGACCCCGUACAACCCACAAAAGAAAAAGAUAGUAAACAAUCUCUUCAUCCUGCACAAGCUUCUGCUGGAUCAGUUACUCCCACAUCUCCUACUACUGAGGAGCUUGUUGGUGUCCCUACAGCUGAAGGUGAACGUGGCGAUAACGGCAACAUUGCAGGAGUUGAAAGUGAAACAGCAACACAACCUUCUGCUGACUCGCCUAACACUUCAGCCGCAGGGAGUUCCGGUGUUUCUGACGCUCCAACGAAUGAGAAUAAUACUUCAUCUGCAGAGAGUGAAUCAACAAACAACCAAAAUGAAGAAGGUGUUACAGGAAAUAAAGAUACCACCACCACCACUACAACAGCAACAACAACACUUCCUCCUGAGACAGCAAACAACAAGAAGGGUGAUGCAGACAGCAGCAGCAGUAUGAGCAGUUCUGUGUGGGUACGUGUGCCACUACUGAUUGUGGUUACACUGGCCUGUAUUCUUGUGUGCUGA